GCCCUCUCUCUGGGCCCCGCCCCCGGCCCUGGCACGCAGUGCGUGCCGCGCUGUUGAGUACUUGCGUCGUGGCGCUCUCAGUCCUGGCGGUCCGCGCAAGUUGGUCCUUGGCAGGAUGGACAAGACCUGUGAGAUGAAAUACAAAAUAUUGGACAGCCCCUUGGGGAAAAUAGAGAUAUCUGGUUGUGAGCAAGGACUGCAUGGGAUAAGGCUGCCCAACCAGAAGACCUCUAGCUCUGACCCCACGGAGGCCCCAGCAAUUCCUGAGGCUCUCAGCAAUCCAGAAGGAAUGACAGAGCCCCUGAUGCAGUGCGCAGCCUGGCUGGAUGCCUAUUUCCACAAACCUGCGGGCAUCGAUGGACUCCCCUUGCCUGCUCUACACCAUCCCGUGUUCCAGAAAGAUUCAUUCACCAGACAGGUGUUAUGGAAACUGCUGAAGGUUGUGAAAUUUGGAGAAAUGGUUUCUUACCAGCAAUUAGCAGCCCUGGCAGGCAACCCCAAAGCAGCUCGCGCAGUGGGAGGAGCAAUGAGAAGCAAUCCUGUCCCCAUCCUCAUCCCAUGCCACAGAGUGAUCUGCAGUGAUGGAACCAUGGGCCACUACACCGGAGGACGGGCUGUGAAGGAGUGGCUUCUGGCCCAUGAAGGCAGCUGGGUAGGGAAGCCAGCCCGCAAGGAGUUGGGUCUGGUUGCACCCAGGCUCAGCGCAGCCAGUGGCACCACCAGCUCUCAGCUCACUGGCCGAAAUUGAGUGUUUGUAUUCAACGUAAACAUUUGAGUGACACGUGAAUGUAAUGCCACAUCGGAAGCAGGAUGUGUGGUGGCACCACUAUAUUAAAAGAGCCAGAUGUGUCCUGGGGGACAUGGCGUGUCUACCCUUUCUUGUUUCUACAUUUACAACAGAAUGAGUUCAGAUGACCAGCCGUUGUGCGUAUCAUUUGUUCCCUUCUCUAAUGUGGUUAUUGUUCCAUUUUUAAUGUCCAUUAAAAUGGGGACAGUGGA